AUGGUAGCUGGUCCAUGCACAGUGAGAAUAUUCGAUGUACUAUUGCAAUUCGUAUUGUCGAACGAGAUAGGUAUUGAAUCUGCAGUUAUCCACGGGCACAUUCUUGACUCACGAGGAAAAGCAAAAUAUUACGCUCUUAGUAUAGUCCAAACAUAUUGCCCCCUGAUUGUUGUUGAUUUGCUGUUGCCGAGGUCUCUAUCAUCGUGA